GAAAGACGAGGAAGAAGAAGCUGUGUGCGCUGUGAGAGCUAUCCCUCUCCUCGGCUAUGGUGGCUUGUCUUUCUCUCCCUUGUUUGUGAGCUCUCCCCCGUCGCUUCCUCUGUUUUGUUGCGAGCGCCGCGACGAUCGAUAGAGGAUCCUCCGCAAAUAUCCCAUUUGGGCUCUCGAUCGAUCCAAUCCCCCCUCUUUUCCAUGCAAGGAAUGCGAAGCGGGAGUGUCUAGUUUCUUGGUAGAUCGAUCGCCGCCGCCACCGCCACCGCUGAUUGCGUGGAAUGCACGCCAUCUGAGAGAAUCGAAGCUGCAAGAGGAGCCAAGAGGAGGAGAAGGAGCUUGGAGAGGAGGAAAUUCUUUCGCUCACAAGUGAUUCGAGGAGGAGACGAUGAGCUGCAAUGGAUGCCGAGUUCUUCGCAAAGGAUGUAGCGAUAGCUGCAUUCUCCGGCCUUGCUUGCAGUGGAUCGAAGGCCCCGAGGCGCAAGGCCACGCUACUGUCUUCGUCGCGAAGUUUUUCGGCCGCGCGGGUCUCAUGAACUUCAUUAGCGCUGUUCCAGAGAAUCAAAGGCCAGCUCUUUUCCAGUCUUUGCUGUACGAGGCUUGCGGAAGAACCGUGAAUCCGGUGUUUGGAGCGGUGGGAUUGCUCUGGUCUGGAAGCUGGCACGUUUGUCAAGCGGCGGUGGAGACGGUCCUCAAAGGUGGGUCUCUCCAGGCCCUCAAGCAGCCGGGAUCAAGCUCCAUGAGCGGCGCCGCCACCACCGCCGCCGCCGCUAACGCUGGUGCCACCACCCUCUUCCACCGCCACCACCACCACCAAACUCCAGGAACCCGGUCGCCAACCUCGGUCCUGGUAGACGCUAUGGAAUCACACAAGCCACUCCAGCAGCCAGGAACUGGAAGAUACGUGGAGAGAUCGCAGAGACCACUGGAAGUUGGCAUCGAUCAUCGCGAGCAGCAAAGUGGAGUGAAGCGGGAGUUUGAGAUCGUGGCUCCAGUCCCUCGCAGGAUCCGUCCGAGGCAGCAGCAGCUACAGGAGGAUCGUCAUCCAGGUUUGAGCGUUGAUGAUCACCAGGUCUUGGACCUGGAUCUCACACUGGGCUCUACUCCAAAGCAUCAACACGAGGAAGAGCAGCGAGCUCUGGCGAUGGUGGAGACCAAGAGGGUGCACAGUCCCUGCCAGUCGAUCACGUCCGAGGGAUCCGUCACCAGCGUCGACACCGCCGACCUCAAGAUCUCUCUCAGGCACGAGCGAGCGGCGCCGGCGAGAUCAUUGUCAACUUAGAUGCGAUGCGAGAUCUUUCAUCCAUCAUCGUCUAACUUCUCUCCUGCCAGCCUCUCACGCUCGAGCGAGCUACUAUCGAUCGGAGUUCCCAGAGUUUGGAGUUUGUUCCACGAAAGUUGGAAGAACGUCACGGCAUUACUAAUCUUUGCGAGGUUUUCUAUACUCUCUCUCUCUCUCUCUCUCUCUCUCUCUCUCAAAUUUUCAAGGAAUAAAAGAGUACAUCUCUUGAGUGGAGAUUUCGAUAGCUCUAUCUUUGUGAACUUAAAGAUUGAAACAUU